AUGUUCAUUGGCGCUCUCGUUUACCACCGCUUCAACAAGCAUAUGGUUACCUUCGCGUACUCACUUCGAGCUUGCAAAUUGGCGGGAGCCGCUAAUGAUAUCUCCAGGAGCUCAAGCCAUGGAACCAGCAGUGCUUUCAGUCCUAAUGCCAACCCGAACGAGGAUUGGACAAAGAUCUCGGAUCUUGCUGAGCGACGCCGGAUACAAAAUCGAAUUGCGCAGAGAAACUACCGUAAAAAGCUAAAACGUCGCCUGGAGGACUUGGAGAAAAGAGCUGCUUCAGCUUCGACGUCCCCGGAACGAUCCCCCGAGAAGCCAGAGCUGCCGAAGGUGGUACACAAUGUCAAGACUCGCACCAAGCAAUCCCGGGUAUCCAAGUCCAGCUCGGGUACGAACCGCCACAUGUCCACAGAACGAGGCUCCUCCUAUGAGAGUUACUCGGCGCAAGAUGAUCGGGGAUCGAUGUUUUCACAUCAGUGCACCCGGCAGCUCUCAGCAUCGCCUCCUCCAGUGUUCUCUUAUCCCUCGUACUCGCACUUGGAUACAUACGGACACUCAACCUACGGACAACCACCUGCAUAUCAUUCAAUCGGAAGCAGCUACAAUGAAAUGCCAUAUAAUGGGGAGUACGGAACCCAGUUGCCUUCGAUCCUACCCCUCACGAUGUCCGCCUCGGGGCCGUCAAGGAAGCACCAUUCGUACGUCGACGACGAGAUUGUCAGCCCAUUCAGCAUGAGCUAUGCAUCCAUGGCUGGCAUUGAUCUUGGCCCGACACCUCAACAUCUUCCUGAGCCUAAUAUCCCUAUGCCACCCUUGUCUUCCGUCUACAGCGAUGAUCACUCUUCCCCGUCCCCUUCCACGCCAGCAGAACCACUGAUGGCUGGUCCUCUUACACCCGAGUCAGACCCAUGUUCUCCCCAUCUGUAUCCCUUGCUGUGA